CUAUGUCAUGCCUAUUCACAUUAUACAUUUUUAUCUUUAUAACUAUGUGUGACUCACGUUUAAUCGUACGGGAUUGAUUUAUCAUACUCAAUACCAUCUCAGGAGCAUUGCCUCAUGUUUUCGUCCGCUAUCCGUUGCCUGAGUCCGACUCCUAAAAGGAGACUCCAAUGUGUCUUCUCGUUGGUGAGAGGAUUGUCAAGUGAACAGCCAAGCUCCGGUCCUGAUGAAGCACGUAAUACCACUGCAAAUGGAGACACUUCUGCGAUUAAACUCAGACCGCGAAAAGACCCCAGUCACUGCUCCGUGCUGCUGUUCCCCGGGCAGGGCAGCCAGUUUGUGGGCAUGGGACGAGGACUUCUGAAGUACCCCAAUGUCAGCGAAAUGUUUACUGCAGCCCAAAGAAUCCUCGGAUAUGACCUGUUAAGCCUUUGUUUGGAAGGACCUGAAGAGGAGCUCAUGAAAACCGUACACUGCCAACCUGCUGUAUUUGUCAUUUCACUGGCAGCUGUAGAGAAACUAAACUAUCUCAACCCUAAGGCCAUUGAGACAUGUGUCGCUGCAGCAGGUUUUAGUGUUGGAGAAUUUGCUGCGUUAGUAUUCUCAGGGUCCAUGACAUUUGAAGAAGCUCUAUAUGUGGUAAAGGUGCGUGCUGAGGCUAUGCAGAAGGCUUCAGAGAUGGUACCCAGUGGGAUGCUAUCAGUGAUUGGCAAACCUCAGGCACAGUAUAAGUUUGCAUGUCUACAGGCCAGAGAGCACUGCAAAACCCUGGGAAUUGAUAAUCCUGUGUGUUCUGUGGCCAACUACCUAUUCCCUGAUGCCAGGGUCAUUGCUGGACAUCAACAGGCUUUAGACUUUCUACAAAAGAACUCCAGGCAGUUAAAUUUCAUGAGGACCAAAGUGCUUUCUGUCAGUGGGGCUUUUCACACAGAGUUGAUGGAGUUUGCUUUGGCACCACUCAGAGAAGUACUCCGCCAGGUGGAGGUGCGUCGUCCAGAGAUCAACGUGUACUCAAAUGUGGAUGGCAAACGCUACAUGAAUGAGACCCAUGUCCGGAAACAGUUGGUGAAGCAGCUUGUGUCGCCAGUGAAAUGGGAGCAGACUUUGCAUGAGAUCUAUGAAAGGACACAAGGACAUUUGUUCCCAGACACGUAUGAAGUUGGUCCUGGAAAACAGUUGGGUGCCACGCUUCAGAAAUGCAACAGGAAAGCUUUCAAAACAUAUACACAAAUGGAUGUUACUGACUUGGAAAAUUAAAUGGGGAAUUUCUUAAA